UGUUCCUGUGCAGGGAAUGUUUUGAGACUUGGUAGCUAAAAUUGUACAUGCCAAAGUUGUCUGCUUGAUUUCAAAGUCGGAAAGGGGCUUGAUUUUGAGUGGCAGCAGGGGUUACGGUUGGUUGCUGGUCAAACACACGCAAGGCGGGGCAGCAGGGAGGGAGCUUUUCCAUUGCCAAGGUGAACCGUGACGCAGCCCCAUGGUGGCCUUAAGGUACUGCUGACCACUCGCGCCGCUGCAUCACCACGGAGAACAAGGUCGUUCCCUGCUUUUGUGGGGCGUGCUGGGGCCCUCUGGUAAAGAUUCCGCCUCGACCAGGGCACGCCCUGGAGGAGGCGGUGUCUUUAUGGUUGGAGGUGGGCAACCUGGCCCCUUUAGAGCACGCGGUGCUAAACGGCUACGGCCAGCUGCUUGAGGGAAGGACGUCGCGCCUGCCCAAAGUGAAUGCCUUCCUCAAAAAAGUGCCACGAUAUCAGGGUCGCAUAGCCAGGGUUCACGAAGCGGCCGCCGCCGGUGACCUAACGACCUUGGCCAUGAUCUUGGAAAAACCCGAGCUGGCCACUUCCAGAGACGACGCAGGCAGCACCCCCGUCCAAAAGGCCAUGCUCGCUAACCACAUAGCCAUCGUCAGAUAUUUACUUCAUAAAUCACCAAGAUGUCUCUCUGCUACUGACAGAAUGGGGCGCACACCUCUGCAUUAUGCCGCUGCUCUAGACGGUGUCACGCAAGGCGGUGGAGACACCAGUGGAUUUUCCUGGUACCAAUUUCUGGUAGAUGAAGGUGCUCCAGAGGACGUCGAGGAUUUGUUGGGAAGAGCGCCAAUUUUCUACCAAGAAUUCUGCGAGGAGUUAUUGCUGCAUUCUAAAGGCAGUCCAGAGAGUGAAUCUCCUUGUGCGGUUUUGAGCAGGUGCUCAUCAGCUUCAGAGAAGGAGGACAAAAAUCAAUUAUCCUUCCAAGUCACCAUCAGAAUAGGCGAAUUCGACUCUGGUUGAUUGUUCUAAAUUAAAUAUUACACAACUAAAUUCCAUUCAUAUAAAUAAACUU